CAACGUCAAAGAAAAGCUGAGAAAAGAGCAAGAAAAUACUCAAUUAAUAUAUUUUUUUUUUCUCCUUAUGAGUCAUUUUACCUGACAUCAUCAGCUGAUAUUACACAACUUGUGCAAGUUUAAUUUUAAAAGAUUUAAUUAAUUGAAUUAUAAUUUUAAUAAAAUUGACAAUGGGUCAAAUGUUGGCUCAUCAUGAUACUGAAGAACGAAUAGAGUAUGAUGAAAACAACAACAAUGGUUUGAUCAUGUGUGAUAGAUAUAUACCUGAAGAAGUAAUUUCACAAAUUUUAAUUCAGUAUAUUGAUUAUAAAUCACUUGUCAAUUGUCAACUUGUUUGUAAACAUUGGAAAAAUUUAAUUCGUAAUUAUAUAUGGCGUAAAAAGUAUGAAUCACUUGUUGGAAAAUCAUUGUGCUCAACUGAAGAUAUUUCAUGGACUGUUUAUUAUCAAAUAAUUCAUAAAAAACCAUUUAAUAAAAAUUUAAUAAAAAAUCAUUCGGGUCAGGAACAAUUGAAACAUUGGACAAUCAUUGGACAAGGUGGUGAUGAUUGGAUUGUUGAGGAGCCACCCCUUGGUGUACCAGAGGUACCAAAAGAAGCUCAAUUUGAUGAUAAACAACGUUGUUUUGUUACAUCAUAUGUUCCAUGUACAAAACGUCAAAUUGUUUGUUUAGUUUCUGAAGGAUUUUCACCAGAAAUUUUAGAUAAAUAUCAGCCUUCAAUUAAUAUUGGCGAAUGGUACAGUUGCAGAUGGGAUUGUCCAGCAUAUUACAGAUGCUCCAUACGUCUUCUUGAUGCCAAAAAUAGGACAAUUGAUACUUUCAAUUUUGAUGAUACAAUCAUUGAUGAAACACAAAAUAUUUGGCAUCAUAUGUCCCAUGAAUUUAAAAAUUAUGGACCUGGAUUAAGGAAGAUUCUUUUCCAACAUGAAGGACAAGACAAACGUUUUUGGGCUGGACACUAUGGUAGUAAAAUGACUGGAGCAUAUGUUAUUAUUAAAGCUCAAAAACUCACUACUGCUAUCAAUAAAUAACAAGGAAAAUUAAUUUUUUAUCAUUCAAAUUAUGUUGCUGGCAACAUGUGCAAGUUACCUUAUUUUUAUCUUCUUGAAUGUUGACUAUUAAAAUUUGUAAAAAAGAUUUUUUUAUUAACUUGUCAACAUUUUUAAAUAACAAUUAUGGAAAAUAUAUAUAUUUAUGUAUUUUUAUUGAUAAAUUUAUAUAUAUAUUUUUUUUUAUAUAAAAUCAAUAAUUUGCACUUUUAAUUCAUUUAAAUUAACAAGAUUUUUUGGUACUGGAUUUUGAUUAUAAACAAAAAAAAUUAUGUAAUAUUUAGAGCUACAUAUAAUUUUCUAACAAGCCAAAAUGUUUAAUCACCAAGUUCAACUAAUAUUUUAUGUUUUUUACUUGCAAAAAGAUUUUUUUCAAAUCAAUAUUUUAUCAACUUCAGUAUUAAUAAUAUUUUUAAAUUUUACAAAAUCAUUAAAAACUUUAUAAAUACAAUCAACUGUUUUAAUAAAAAAGUGUUGUUAUAUCAGAAUAAUAAUAAGCCAUCAAGUAAAUCAAGAUGAACCAAAUAAAAUGAUGAAUUUUUAAA